AUGCCCGCCUCGCAGCACUCCUCGACACCCUCGUUCCACAUCCCUAUCACGCCUGCUCGCCCAUCCGCACCGCGCAGCACCGCCGCGUCCGUCCUCUCCGCCUCACCACCAGGCGGGCCUUCCUCUGCCGGCUCGUCCAUCGCAGGACUCGCCGCGCGCACCGCCCUCGACACUAGCCUGCCUCACGUGAACGGCAAGGGCAAAGGGCGGGCUCUCGAGCUCGACGGCGAGGAGGACGACGAGGCCAGCGUCGCGAGCGGGGAGGCGGCGCCGGGCCCUGAGGACUCGACGAGCGACGCGGCCUCGUCGAGCAACGAGCAGGAGGAGGAUGAGGCGGAGCUCGGCGGAGCAGAGCUGGACCCAGGGCGCGCUCUGAGCGGCGGCGAGCACGAGGUGGAGCCUCCGGCAGGAGGGGCGAGGGCGGCAUCCUCCUCACCCGGCGCUUCUCGAGCUCGGCGAGAUCGAGGACAAGGGUCAGAAGAGGGAGGGAGCGGGCCGGCGGGCUCGGGCGAGGAGGGAGAGGCGAGCGAGGACGACUCGGACGAGGACGAGGACGAGGACGAGGAGCCGACGCUCAAGUACGCUCGGCUCGGCGGUGGGACGGUCGACUUAUUCGCCAAGGACACGGCGAGUGCGAUAGCCGUCUGCGCCACGUACACGGUCCUCGGCACGCACAACGGCGUCGUCUUCAUCUUCACACGCGACGGUCAGCUCGUCAAGCGGUAUCGACCUCACUCGGCCAUGGUCAACGCGCUCAGCAUCGACUCGACCUGCGAGUUUGUCGCGAGCGCCUCGAUGGACGGUCGAGUCGCCAUCCAGUCCGUCGCGACGACCGAGGCGCACGUGUUCGACAUGCAGCGCCCGAUGCGCGGCGUCGCCCUCGAGCCGCACUACGGCAAGCGCAGCACGCGCCAGUUCGCGCACGGCGGCAUGGCGGGCAGCCUCGUCCUGUCGGAAAAGGGCUGGCUCGGCCAGAAGGACGUGACGCUGUUCUCGGGCGAGGGCCCGAUCUGGGCCGUCGAGUGGAGGGGCACGUUCAUCGCGUGGGCGAGCGACGCCGGCGUCCGAAUAUACGACACGGCGACGAGCCAGCGCAUCACCUACAUCGGCCGCGCCGACGACAGCCCUCGGGCCGACCUGUUCAAGUGCAGCCUGCGGUGGCGCGACGACCGCACCCUCCUCAUCGCGUGGGCCGACGUCGUCAAGGUCGCCGUCGUCAAGGAGCGCGAGAGCAAGCGCGCCGUGCCCGGCCUGCCGAGCGCGACCGAGGUCUACGUCGAGGUCACGGCCAUCUUCCAGCUCGACUGCAUGGUGUCGGGCAUCGCCGCGUACGGUUCCGCCGGCGACCUCCUCGUCCUCGCGUACCCGGUCGACGACGAGAGCGACGACGAGAACGAGGACGCGCCGCCAAAGCGCCGAGUCGGCGCCCGUCCCGAGCUGCGCAUCAUCUCGAGCGAGGGCGAGGAGCUGUCGAGCGACGCCAUCAGCCUGCGCAACUACGAGCGGUACCAGUGCCGCGACUACAUCCUGUGCCCAGCCGCCGACGGCCAGAGCUUCCUCGUCGUCUCGCCCGAGGACGUCGUCGUCGCUCGGCCGCGCGACGAGUCGGACCACAUCGUCUGGUUGAUCGAGAUGUCGCGGUACGAGGAGGCGCUCCAUGCGCUCGAGCAGUCGGGCCUCGAGACGGUCGGCGGGUUCGACGCCGCCAACGUCGGCAAGCGCUACCUCGAGUUCCUCGUCGCCGACGGCCAGUUCGGCAAGGCCGCCGAGACGUGCCCCAAGAUCCUCGGCAUCAACGCCAAGCUGUGGGAGGACUGGGUCUUCCUCUUUGCCGACAAAGGUCGGCUCGACACGAUCAUCCCGUACGUGCCGACACACGACCCACAGCUCAGCCGCCUCGUCUACGAGAUGAUCCUCGCCCACUUCCUCCGUCACGACCAGGAGGCUCUCCUGGAGACGAUCAAGGCGUGGCCGAGCGACAUCUACAACGUCUCGGCCAUCACGCUCGCCAUCAAGGGUCAGCUCGAGCGGUCGCCCAAGUCGCAGCUCCUCAUGAAGAGCAUCGCCGAGCUCUACGUCAUGAACCGUCAACCCGGCAAAGCCCUCCCGUACCUCCUUCGGCUGCAGGACCCGCACGUCUUUACCCUCAUCCGCGACCACAACCUCUUCACCGACAUCCAGAACCAGGCGUUGCAGCUCAUCGAGUUCGACGAGGAGCUGCGGCGGCAGGACAACAAGGACAAGGCGCUGCACACCGACUGCUCGCACGGCACGGCCAUCGAGCUCCUCGUCGACCACACGCACUCGAUUCCGAUACCUCGAGUCGUCGCGCAGCUGCAGGACCACCGCCGGUUCCUCUUCAUGUACCUCGACUCGCUCUUCGACAAGGACCCGCACCUCGCGUUCGACUACUCGGACCUGCAGGUCGACCUCUACGCCGAGUUCAACCAGAGCAAGCUCGUCGACUUCUUGAGAGCGAGCAACUACUACAACCUCGAGCGGGCGUACAAGAUCUGCGACGCACGCGACCUCGUCCCCGAGAUGGUCUUCCUGCUCGGGCGCAUGGGCGACAACAAGCGCGCGCUCAACCUCAUCAUCGAGCGGCUCGGCGACGUACAGCGAGCCAUCGAGUUCGCCAAGGAGCAGAACGACAACGACCUGUGGGAGGACCUCCUGCGCUACUCGGAAACCAAACCUCGCUUCAUUCGAGGUCUGCUCGAGAACGUCGGCGCCGAGAUCGACCCGAUCCGCCUCAUUCGCCGCAUCCAGAACGGCCUCGAGAUCCCUGGGCUCAAGCCGGCGCUCAUCAAGAUCCUGCAAGACUUUAACCUCCAGAUCUCGCUUAUGGAGGGCUGCAAGUCGAUCCUGUACAGCGACUGCCGCACGCUCGCACUCUCGCUGCAGGGUAGCCAGACGAGCGGCUUUCUGUGGACAGGCGACACCAAGGACGCGUCGACGGGCGAGCCGGUCUUCCCGCACCUCAAGGGCGGCACCGUCCCUCCUUCUCUUCCCUUUGGUGUCCGAUUCCUCUCCGGCUCAGCCCACACCGGCACCUCGGCCUUCCCCUCUCUCGCUGCGGCCGCCGGCGACGCCUCGUUUUCCCUCUCGGCCAUCGCGCCUCUCACCAAGCGCGACCAGCUCGUCGCCGCCUCGCUGCUCGCCUCGCUGCGGGCCGGCGACGAUACCGACGAUGGCGAGUCGGCGGUCGACGGGUCGGCCGAGGCCAAGAGGGAGAUGGAGGACAAGGUUGCGGCCGUCAGGGAGCUGCGCGAGAGGCUGCUCGAGGAGCGGGAGCGCAGUCGGCGGAGAGGCGCGGCGGUGCGCGUCGACGUGUAG